AAAAAAUUAAAACCCUUCCAUUUGAAAUCUGGACCAAUCUUAGCCGUCGGAUCAAGUAAAUACAACCGUUAGAAGGGCGCUCCUCCAAAAAAAGAUAAUAAAGCAAACAAAUCUCUCUCUCUUCUGUCUCUUGAGAAAAUUUGAAUCUCUGUGAAAAAGAAAAAAAAAGGGUUUUGGAGAUGUCGAGGAUGAGAUCUUCUUACCUGAAACCACCGCUUCCCAAAUCUCCCAUCCGUCUCCGAUCACGCCAGGUCCUCCUCUCUCACUCUUCUUCAUCAUCUCUGCAAACACCUCCAGGUCUGACGAAGUACCAGAACCCGGCACGACGACUGAGCGAUGCGGAUCUGGGAUCGAAACUCCCGCUUGAAUACUCGUCAAUCUCAAGCGAGAUACACGCGCUAGCGAAAAUGGUCGAGAAAGAGUUUGCCGAAGAAGAAGAGGACACGAAAUCCAGAGCCGCGGGUUCGAAUCUGGAGAAUCUGGCUACAAACUCUGUUCCGGUGUUCGAGAGAGGGAGGUUCUACGAUGAGUAUUCGGCCAAGAGGAACGAGCGAUUGAGGAGGAAGAAAGGAGGUGAAGCUGCUCUCGAGGGACUGAUCAAAGGAACUCCUUACAAUCUCGGAGUCAACCAUGAGCCCAUGACCACCAAGAGGAGAGGAACCUCUAAGAAACAGACCGUCUCCAUGGUUGAGACGACGCCGAGGUAUUCACUGAGGAGCAUGACGAAGGAGAACAGGAAGCCACCGCUUCCUUUGAACGUGGCCGUGAGCGCGAUGAAAGCUGUCUCCACUAGAAGGGGUAGGAGAAUCUGAUGUUGUUGCUUUUGAUUGUAUGAAAUCGAAAUUUGGGGUUUUGAUUUCUUCGUAUUGUUUGUUCUGUUGCUGGUGGAUUUCGAUAUAAAUCCAUGAAACUUCUUUCUUUUUGAUUUCCUCAGUUGACCCCAUAUAUACAUUCAGAUAAGCUUAUCUAUGAAAUGCAUUUUUUGGGUAUCUUCUUUCUUCA